AUGUCCUUCGCCUCGAGCGCGCGCGCGUUUUGGAACCAUCCCGCGGGUCCGAAGACUAUAUUCUUCUGGGCGCCCACGAUGAAGUGGGGCAUCACCGCCGCCAACGUGAAAGAUUUCAGCCGCCCACCCGAGCUCCUGAGCGUCCCGCAGCAGAGCGCGGUGACGAUCACUGGGUUAAUCUGGACCAAGUACGCGCUGGAUAUCACGCCGGUGAACUAUAACUUGAUGGCGGUGAACGUGGUGAUGGCGGCGACGGGGCUGUAUCAGCUCUCGAGGCGCGUGGCGUGGGAGCGCGCGCAGACAAAGGAUGCGUGA